CUACCAUUAUUGUUUCCCUGAUCCGGUAACCGAGUGGAUAGGCGGGCUAUACAGUCACUCUAAUCGCUUGCUUUUUUUUUCCCUCCAUUAAUGGCGACGAGUGUUUUCCGCCCCUCAACCUUCUUUACUCGGCCUCCGGAAUCCCGACAGGCUAGGUAUUUACCCAUGCCGGAGCUAUUUCUCUCCGGCGAACUUCACCUUUUCCAGCGGAGGGCUUAUCGUCCAGAACUAUUCACUGGUAGGUGCCCUUACGGAAUCCUCAGUCGAGCCGCCGCCGGAACUGAGCCGAAGGGUACAUUCGGCGCUGAAAUCGUCGUUUACGAUGUCGGUUUCGAUCGACUGAAGAAGGUUCCUAUAUCAAAUAUCAGAAAUUUUUGUAUUAUAGCUCAUAUAGAUCAUGGGAAGUCAACUUUAGCAGAUAAAUUAUUACAAUUAACUGGUACUGUCCAGAAGAGGGAGAUGAAAGAGCAAUUUCUGGAUAACAUGGAUUUGGAGAGAGAGAGAGGAAUCACUAUAAAAUUGCAGGCAGCCCGAAUGCGUUUUGUGUUGGAAAGUGAAGCAUAUUGUUUGAAUCUUAUUGAUACACCCGGCCACGUUGACUUCUCAUAUGAGGUAUCACGAUCUCUUGCAGCUUGUGAAGGAGCCCUUCUAGUUGUAGAUGCUUCUCAGGGCGUAGAGGCUCAGACAUUGGCUAAUGUUUAUCUCGCUCUAGAAAGCAACCUAGAAAUUAUACCUGUGUUAAACAAGAUAGAUUUACCUGGUGCCGAACCAAAUCGCGUUGCCAAAGAGAUUGAGGAGAUUAUUGGGUUAAAUUGUAGCAAUGCAAUUCAUUGUUCAGCUAAGGAGGGAAUUGGUAUAGCAGAAAUUCUACGUGCAAUUGUCACAAGAAUUCCUGCUCCAAAGGACACCUCAGGAAGUCCCCUCAGAGCUCUAAUAUUUGAUAGCUACUAUGAUCCAUACAGAGGCGUCAUUGUCUAUUUUCGUGUUGUUGAUGGAACUAUAAAGAAAGGUGAUAAAAUAUAUUUCAUGGCUAGUGGGAAGGAUUAUUUUGCUGAUGAAAUUGGUGUCUUAUCACCCAAUCAGUUGCAGGUGGAUAAACUAUAUGCUGGUGAGGUGGGUUAUCUUUCAGCCUCAAUACGGUCUGUCGCAGAUGCAAGGGUGGGUGACACAAUUACUCAUUUUGCAAGAAAAGCGGAGAUCUCUCUGCCAGGAUAUGAGGAAGCUACACCUAUGGUGUUUUGUGGUCUUUUUCCUGUUGACGCAGACCAAUUUCCUGAGCUGCGUGAUGCAUUGGAAAAACUUCAACUCAAUGAUGCAGCACUACGUUUUGAAGCUGAAACGUCAAGUGCCAUGGGGUUUGGUUUUCGGUGUGGGUUUUUAGGUCUUCUGCAUAUGGAGAUUGUUCAGGAAAGACUAGAGAGGGAGUAUAACCUAACCUUAAUAACAACAGCACCUAGUGUGGUUUACCGUGUCAACUGUGUGAAUGGUGAUACUAUUGAAUGCUCAAACCCAUCAUUACUUCCAGAACCAGGAAAGAGAAUUUCAAUUGAAGAGCCAGUUGUGAAGAUUGAAAUGCUGACGCCCAAGGAUUAUAUUGGCCCUCUUAUGGAGCUUGGUCAGGAAAGAAGAGGUGUUUUCAAAGAAAUGAAUUACAUAACAGAGGGAAGAGCAUCAAUUAUUUACGAAUUACCACUAGCUGAGAUGGUUGGUGACUUCUUUGACCAGCUAAAGUCUAGAAGCAAGGGAUAUGCUAGCAUGGAAUACUCUUUUGUCGGGUAUAAAAAUACAUGAAAGUAUCUUUUUUUUUUACUUGUUAUCCAUGGCUUCUUGUAUUAAAAAAAAAUCAGUCAACUCUGACU